GAGUGCUGUGGUGUUUUAUUGACUGUGCUAGCUGACGGCGAAGCUAAGUUAGCAGCCUGCUGAAGUUUGAUGCUAGCUAGCUCAAACUGAGAACUGCCUGCAACAGGUGUUAAUGGUCGUAGAACAUUAACUUGGCCAUUGCUGCGACUGACUGACUGACUGAUACUUCAUGUAGACCUCAACAUCUUGUCCGCGUUGUUUGGCAAAGUUGAACUGAAGUGUACCCACAUGAUGUGUGGACAGUUCUGUUUCAAACUUUAGACCACAGUCUUCCCCACUCAAGAGUGUUUCCUCAACUCGGAGACUAAAUGCAACUGGACCAGGGGGCUUGUGGGCAUGAAGUGGCUGGGCGAAUCCAAGAACAUGGUAUUAAAUGGCAGACGACACGGAAACAAGUUGACCAGCGAGCAACCUGUGAGCCAGAGCCAGACUCGCUCUCAGCAUUCACAGCGGGCAUCCCUGCGCCACAACAAAGCCCACCCCAGAAACCGAAGAUGUAGCCGCAGGUUUAAUGCAGCCAAUCUGGAGGCAGAGAGGCGCUACGUACCCUCCUCAGGAAUGACUGCCAAGGAGCUGUGUGAGAACGAUGAUCUGACCACAAGUCUCAUUCUGGAUCCAUAUCUGGGCUUUCAAACUCACAAAAUGAACACGAGAUUUCGACCAAUUAAGGGAAGACAAGAGGAGCUGAAAGAGAUCAUCGAGCGCUUCAAGAAACAUGACAAUUUGGAGAAAGCUUUCAGAGCUUUGACGUCAGGAGACUGGUCCCGAAAUCUCUUUCUCCACAAGACAAAAGCUCAAGAAAAGCUCUUCAAGCAACAUGUGUUUGUGUAUCUGCGGAUGUUUGCCACAGACAGCGGGUUUGAGAUUCUCCCUUGCAAUCGCUACUCAUCAGAACAAAAUGGAGCUAAAAUUGUGGCUACAAAGGAGUGGAAAAGAAAUGACAAGAUCGAGUACCUGGUGGGCUGCAUUGCUGAGCUUUCAGAGAGCGAGGAGAACUUGCUGCUCCGACAUGGGGAGAAUGACUUCAGUGUCAUGUAUUCAACUCGCAAGAACUGUGCACAGCUCUGGUUGGGGCCAGCUGCCUUCAUCAAUCAUGAUUGUCGGCCAAACUGCAAGUUUGUAUCGACAGGUCGGGACACAGCCUGUGUGAAGGUUUUGAGGGACAUUGAACCGGGAGAGGAAAUCUCGUGCUACUAUGGAGACGGAUUUUUUGGGGAAAACAAUGAAUUUUGUGAAUGCUAUACAUGUGAACGACGGGGCACUGGUGCUUUCAAAUCCAAAGCUGGACUGCCAGUGGAGGUGCCGGUGAUCAACAGCAAGUACGGGUUGCGGGAGACGGACAAGCGUCUGAACAGGCUAAAGAAGUUGGGGGAAGGAAACAGGAGCUCGGACAGUCACUCUGUCGGCUCCCACACCGAUGUAGACUCUCAGGAAAUGCCAAAAACACAUCAAUCUGCCAGAAAAAGAACAUCCUCAUCAUCUGGCCUGAAGUAUAAAAACAGGACUCAAACCAGACAGACUUUGUCAAGAGCCCUUACUACCUCAUGUUCAAAACAAGGUCGUGUAAACAAUAACAGGGUACCAAAGAGACUAAAAUCCCAAUCCAAGCCUUCACUAAGUAAAGUCCAGUUGCGGUGUCGCAGGAGAGGUGCAGAGCCCAAGGCGUUGGCCAAAGGAGAGACUUGCCAGCUGGGUCUCAGGGACUCAAAGGUGUCGCUGUGUAAAGGUGUCACAGUUAAAAAGGAGAAGGAUGGACAGGAGCUGGUGCAGCAGACACUAGGCCAGCGGGGCUGCCUCACCCGUCAUGCUGCCAAAGAAAAUGGCAGUCUACCUGUUGUGCAAAGCAGUGAGGGUAGCCAGUGUUCGACAUACAGAACUCGCAGGUCCACACGGACCCUUGUAAAAGCCCAGGAAACGGCAGCUGGCAUUAAGCUGGAGCCUAGUGCCAUGGACGGCUUGAGCCCAGUCCCUGGUGGAGUGGUCAUUAAAACAGAGCCAGCUGACAUGGAGGAGUAUCUCCGCCAUGGAGUGGGACUGGAGCAGCCGGCAUUAGACACUGGCUAUGCUAGAAGAGGCUCAUGCACCAGGCAGAAACGGCUGACGCGGCUCAGGACCGAGCGGACGAUUAAAUGUGAGGACUCGUACGGUGAGCCGUUCAUGCCAAUGGCUGCUGGCCACACCGCUAACUUCUCAGACUGCGGCAAUGUGCUGCUGAGCUUUGCCGACCGGCACAGGGACUACAACGGGGUUGCCAAUGGCAGCAAAUCCCUCCGCAGGGACAAGGGUAAGAGUGGCUGCCGGUCACAAGACAAGGGCAAGAAGAAACGUCAGAUCACACGAUAUGAUGCCCAGCUGAUCCUGGAGAACAACACAGGCAUCCCCAAACUGACGCUCCGCCGGCGGAGGGACAGCAGCAGUAGCAAGACCAAUGACCCCAACGAUCCCAUUGGCUCCUCCAACCUUUCUGCCUCUACGGUCAACUCUGCAACUUCCAGCAAAAUCAGCAUCAAGUUCAGCAAGGACCACGAUAAGGACAAAGGUAGCUCAUACAUAGCCAAACUGAAUAACGGCUUUGCCCCUGUGGUCCACAGUAACUCCACCAAGCUGAAGAUCCAGCUGAAGAGAGAGGAUGAUGCACGGAGAAUAUCCCAGACGAAGGCGGAACAGAUGUCCUAUAAUGGGGACAUGGGUCAGAGUCUGGAAGCCAGGAAUGGUGGACAUCGGACUCAAAAGGUCCUGGCAGACCCUUCAUCUGAAGAGGACAACGACGAGGAAGGGGAGGACGACGAUGAUUACUUCGACAAUGAGUUCGAAGACGAUUUCAUUCCACUUCCUCCAGCAAAGCGGCUCCGACUCAUUGUGGGUAAAGACUCCAUAGACAUCGAUAUCUCCUCCAGGAGGAGAGAGGAUCAGUCUCUGAGGCUCAAUGCAUAAGCUGUGGAGCUCAUCACUUCCACUUUUCCCUGUAAAUAAAGAUGACUCGCUAAUCAACUUGUGUUGAUGUAAAAGAAGUACAGUAAUUUAAAAACAAAAAAAUUGCUGAAGAAAUAAGAAUCUGAAUGAACGUUACUAGAGGGUGCUGUUAACCUAAAACAAAUCUCUGUUUUUCACUUAAGUUGUGUUCAUCAAUAAGUGUAAUUUGUAAGUUGCAUUGAUUAAGCAAAAGUUCACUCAUCCAGUCCAUCUCUCUCCUGGCAUUUAAACUGCACACUAUGCUAAAUGUAAACUGCGGGAAUUUGUCUUCUUAUUGUUUCUGAGUAAUUUGACCUGGUCCCAAGUGAAAAACUAGAAUUUGUUUUAAGUUCAACUAUUCCUUUCAGUGAAUGCACUUGUUAUAUUCAUAAUGGACAUGGAUAUUGUAGAAAGUGUACAGUAUGGUGACUAUCCCCUCUGUCUCAUAGGCAGGUUUUUAUUGAACUUAUGAUUUUGUCUCAUAGUUUGUAACUUGUGUGGCAAACCAUGCUGACCGUGCAGUAUGGUGUGGUUAGUCCAGAGGCAUUAUAAGAUCAGUCAGUCACUUCAUUUGGAUCCAAGUGCCAUGUUGUCAUUAUCCCAGUAGUUCAGCUGUUAAAGAACCACUUUGAAUUUCAGAAAUUCAUUAACUAUCAGCAUUUUUUUUUACUGUGUAAGUUAAUCAUGUGUCUCUGUGUAGAAUUUAGCCACAUCAUGUUUAAUGCUUUGUUAUUCCCGUGAGUGUUAUACAAAGAGUUGUUCAAGCAGAAUUUAUAGUUUAUUAUGUUAUAGAUUUAACAUGCACCAAAACCAAGUCUGUGUGUUGCAGACCACUGGAGAAAAGCUGACGUUCAAGAUGGGGGGAAAAAAAAAACCUGUCAUACUGCAAUGUGAGCACUAACAACAUGCAUGUGCCUGCAGAUGUCACACGCUCAUAACAUGUGAUAAGGAUCAGCUGUAAUGGUGUUGCACAAUUAUUUUCCAGGAUCUGUAAGGAAAUUAAUUAAGCUACAGACUUACAAAAAAUUAAAGCACACACGGUUUUCUAAUCAGCUGAGUACAGUCAGAGGUGUCGGAAAUUAAAUGGACCAGUGUUUCUCUUUGUUUCUGGGGACUACUGUAUAAUGGGAACAUGGCACACAUGGUAGUUCAACCCUUUUCAACAGCUGAGAACAUAAAGCUAAUCCACAUAUAAAGGCUACCUAGAUGCUUUUAAAUCUCUCAAAGUAAUGUACAGGAAGACUGGCUGAUGUCCCUCCACUGAGUUAUGACAUUUAUUUUCUCUCAAGUCAAGUCUCACUUUGUUUUAUUUACCGAAAUCAGAUUUUUGGAAGCAAGUUAACUGGAGCUGCAACGAUUGAUCGAUUAAUCAUUUAUUCGGUUGACAGUAAAAUUAUCAGCUGUUUUGAUAGAUUAUUAAUGAAUGAAGAAAAUCUGGUUUCAGCUUCUCAAAUGUGAAUAGUUUUUGUUUUUUAUAGUCUUCGAUGGAAGUAAACUCAGCACGUUUUGGUUUAGCACAGUUUAUUGGACAAAACACGAAAUUCGAAGACGCCAUCUUGGUCUUUGGAAACUUGUUAUUGACAUUUUUCACAAUUUUCUGGCAUUUUAUUGACCAAACGACUAAUUGAUUAAUCGAUAAUAAAAAUAAUUGCAGCUCUAAAGUUAACAGAUGUCCAUCGACACUAGAGUUUUGAGGAGGAAAAUCACAUUGUCUGAAAUGUUCUUACUAGCAUAGAAUCAUGUAUUCUUUUCUCUGUGGUGCUACUUUUUAUUUCCAUACUAUGUUUGAAUUUCUGUCCUGUGUAACUCUGUAUUGGUAGAUGGCAGCAUUAACUUUGACAGGCCCAAAUUCUAUAGAAAUACAUCUUUUACAUCAGUAAUACACAUUUUAUCAGUUUCAUCUGUAGCUUAUUUAAGUUGUAUUUUUGUUUUUUGGCUGGACCGCGCCCUGUCUUUUGAGUCACUUGGAACGUGACACAACAAAGGCAUCAAAUCCAGAGCGACGGUAGCGACGAAAUUACUGACUUGUGUAUUGUUACUAGAGCAACCCAUGCAGAAAGGUUGAUGAUGUCUGGACUCACAAAUCCGAUCUGAUCACUUUCAAAUAACAGAGCGGACAAUCUGGACUAAAGAUCUGCUCUGAGAAACCCAUCUGAUUUACCUGAUGUCUGAUCAAAGAGAACAGCUUUAUUGGGAAUUUCUCUGUGUUAAAUUAAAAAUAAAAUAAAAUAUGGGAGCAAACAGAUAACGGGCUGAAACUGGGAGACACUAGGCAGGAUGCAAACACAACAUACUGACCUCACAAAUAUGCUAAUUAGCUAAUUACUUAAUUUGAUAACUUCCUGAACAGGCUUCAGCACAACUUUCCACUGAAAGUAGAUUUUUACAGUGGUUCCCCAACAGUGUUCAGCUGCGUCUCAGGUUUCUCACAUUGACAGGACGCGGUGCAGCCAGAAACUAGGUUUUGACCUGGUCUUGUUUUCUUUACAGGAGCACAUAUACUUAAAGUUUUUAGUUGGCAAAAAUUGUAAAAAAAAAAAAAAAAAAAAUCAUUAUCAUAACAAC